CAUUGUUUAUCAUCUACUCAUACCUUUUUUUCCCUUUCUCACCUUUGCUAAAUAUAUAUAGUACAACUUUUGUCAUGUUUUUCUAAAGACCAACAUUAUAUAAUUCCUAUUAUAGUUCCAUUGGGAUCUCUUGCUCAAGUCACAUACAUUCAAGAAAAUGUCCACCAUUAUAAUGACUAGAGGAACUUCCUUAUUCAUCUUCUUAUUCUUCUUGUCUAUACUUCUUGCCUGCAUUUCUGGAUUAUCGCCAGCUAAAAGCUUUGAGCAUAAAGAACUUGAAAGGGAAAAGGAACAAAAAUUCCAUUUUUUCUCGAAAAGACUGCUCGAAUUGUUGCCCAUUAAAGCAAUCAAACAUGACUCGAUCGAUCCAACAACAACCGGAUUUCCUACAACUCCUGUAGUAAAUCCUGUCACCACUCCAGUUAAUAUGCCUCCUGAUAAUUCAGCUCCAACAGUUGUCACUGUCCCAUCCACAAAUCCUAAUGCUGGAAUUCCGAAUCUUGGGUCUACACCUCCAGCAGUUCCUUCUACUACCCCUCCGACUGACACGGACCCCAAUCCAUCGGUACCAAUAACUAAUCCAGUUACCACCCCUAGCACAAAUUCACCUGUAAGUAAUCCUGUAACGGCGAAUCCAACCCCAGUAGGUGGUGUUCCUGUCACCACCCCGGUAACGCCACCUGCAACCACAAGCUCUCCUGCUACUUCAGGGCAGAGCUGGUGUGUCGCGAAGAGUGGAGCGAUGGAAACUUCACUUCAGUCAGCGCUUGAUUAUGCUUGUGGAAAGGGAGCAGAUUGCUCAGCCAUUCAGCAGGGUGGAAGUUGUUAUAAUCCCAAUAGUAUGCAAAAUCAUGCAUCAUAUGCAUUCAAUAGCUAUUUCCAAAAGAAUCCAGGGCAAACAAGCUGUGAUUUUGGGGGUGCUGCCAUGAUAACCAACUCAAACCCAAGCACUGGUUCUUGUGUUUUUCCUGCAUCGGGGUCUUCUACAUCAUCGUCUGCAACACCAACGCCUGGAACUCCAGGCUCAGUAGCACCAACAGUACCGAAUGGAGGCGACUCUGGAUUUGGAACGAUGCCGGGCAUUAGUGACAGUAUCCCUCCCACUGCAACCACCUCAUUGUCCAUGUCAAAUGGCUUGCAACCCUUAGUUGGCUGCAUCUUUCUUGUCACCUCCAUUGUGACUAGCAAGCUUAUCUUGGAGUUUUGAGGAAAUUAAGAAGAAGUUCAGUUACCAAGUAAGAAGCUGGAUUUUCAGUUUCUAGCUAUGUACAGUUCUUGUUGAGGAAAUGGAAGCAGUUAGGAGUAUUCUCGAGGUUUAGACAUGACAUACCUAUACACUGCUUUAGUAUAGUUAAUUAUCCUGCAUACCACCUACUUAGAUGUAAAAUUCAUAUAUUGGUUUUAGAAGCCAUUAUCUACAUCCAUCAAUAUUUAAGUUUAAUAGGUCAGAUGUUCCACUGUUAUAUUGUAUUAUUGUUUAGGAAGUAGGUUACUAGUCCUACAUCUCAUAUGAUCAAUCAUUGUAUUAGUUUACUACUAUUACUACUUUUUAUAUAUGAAUAGAGGGAAUUUGCCAGGUAAAUA